AUGGUCGUUGAAUCUCCACAAAAUGGCUCUCUUGCCGGAGCUGCUGAAUCCAAAGCCCGCAAAUGGCGCGGCAAAUUGUUCAAAGACAAGACCCCGAAGGCAUCUAUCGAUGAGCAGGUCGAUGAUUUCCUAGGUUCCCACCGCUCUCCGCUCCAAUCGUCCCGACCAUCCAUUUCGUCUUCCGCCUCCGCUCCACAACUCCCCGCCAAACCACCCCAACAAUCCUACCGCCAUGAUCAACAACAACACCAUCACCAUCAUCAACUACGCCAACAACCAGAGCAACGGCGCUCGCCAUCAUAUCACUCUCUUCAUCACCCACAUCAAAAAUCACCAACAGGCACCCCGGUUGCUCCCCGUCUCAAUCUUGCCGUUUCGCAGCGAUGGCCCGAAGCUGGCGACAUCUCCAGCCGAUCUCCCUCUCGUCCCUCCAUUGACGCUAAAACCGCAACUGGUGCGACUCCGAUAAGUACCCAAGGGAAGAGGCGCCGUAACAAAGGUUUAAAGGUGACGUUUUCGAACGAUGGUCCAGAGGUCAUCGGGGAAGGGGGGGAAGAAGCUGAGCUACCAACAAAAGAUGUACUUCUCUAUCGUUCGAGGUCGCACUCGUCCGCUUCCAAUGCCGCAGCUGGGUCACAUUCCCAAUUUGAGAAUGCAGAUCCAUACGGCUCACCCUCGGACUCUACACAUUGGCCUGGAGCCUAUCCAGGACAAGGCUAUCCUGCGGAGGAUCCUCGGGAGAAGCUUAAAAUGAUAAAGAGUGCACACGAAUUGGAUUUCUUAUUAUCCCUGGAGCCACAUGGUGCGGGAGGGGCUCGUCUAUCAUUGAGGGACUCUGGAGAUCCGAAUUCCUUUGCGCACCGCGUUCGGGCUAGGAUGCGAGUUGAGGAAGGUUUAGCAUUACAGAAAGCUACGCGAACUGAUUCUCCUACGGAUCCAGAUGAGCUGGAUUCUCAACCCUCUCAAGAAACCGUCCUCCCUCUCCGCCCGUCUGCUACGUCGAAGCUAUCACUAGACAUGCCUCAAGAACCAGCCGCUGCUGCUAAAUAUGACUUUUGGGGAAGCGUCUUAUCUGCUCUACCUAACAAAACCAAAUCCAACUGGCAGGAUACCAAUGUGUCGAACAGUCCUGUAAAUACACACAAUUCUCCCGGCUCGUAUCCAGAAACCCCACCUCCACCUUAUUUGAAAUCUUCCCGCACAGAACCGGAUUGUGAACCUGAAAAAGGACGACCGUCUCUCGAAAGUUCUUUCAAUAAUGAUCCUCACCCAACUGAAAACCAUUCUCCAUGGAAGAAAUCAUGGAGGGCCGCUGCUAAUGCCGUGAGCAAUGACGCCCUGGCUGAUUUUACCGCACGAGCUGCGCAAUACAAUGAUAUUUUUAGCGAUGCUGCUGAGAGCGUUAAGCCAUCUAUGGAAACAUCUUUGUCCGAAUGGAUCAGGGCGAGCGUAUGGUGGUUCUUAAAGGGCAGGUCCGAUGUCGAAGCAUCCAUGCGUCCUCAGCCCUCAAAUGGUGGAGGGAAUUCUCCGUCCGACGCUGAUAGAACCUGUCAGGGAGUGCUCAACUUGGCCAAAACAUGGUGGAUUACUGAGCAUAUUGUUCCCGGUCACCCGGAGCUAUCCCGAUUCGGAAAUAUGAGUCUAGACACUUUGAUUGCGGUAACCACAACUGCUGGCGAUCAAAGGUUGAGCAGUUUAAUGAGCGUUCGCCAUGCAACUCUCAGCCAUCUACGCGCGUUGGCGAUAUCGAUGAAGCGAAAUAAUAUCCUCCCGGCAGCCAUGGAACAUGUUCAUCUCUCCCGAGGAAUCGACACGACAAUAUGGGUCCGGUACCCUUUUUUUGCGCCUGACAUUUCUGCAGUUCUCUCCGGCCAGGUAACGCGAUCUAUGCUCAUGGAUACAGCGAGAAAGACGACAGACAUUGGCGACGUUAUGCCAUUGGGAGAUUCCAGUCGUUAUUUCUGUUAUGGUAGGAUGUUCGUAGAGGCAUACCUAAGCUCGAGCGAAGAUGAUUCUCAACAAUUUGCGAUCCCGUGUGUUCUAUCUAUUAUUCGAGAUCGAGGUGACUGGAAUGUGCUCGUAUCGAUUACGAGCCAAAACGAACUUGUUAAUGUAAUGAUCCAGGGAGAUAAGAAGCACGGUCCCACAUGGGCAGAUGUAGACUGGCAGGUGAGAACUAACUCGAUGCGGAUUCGACUGCCUCGUGGUUUCGAGUUGGAUAUCCAGUUUGAUCAAGCGGACUUCAAAAUGAUUUGGAAAAUUGUGGAAUAUACCCAUAAAACCGAGGAAAGCUUACAGCCAGAAGCUGGUGAAACGUUACUUUUCGAGGAUGUCCUGAAAGUAUUCCAAUACAUGGACUCCGGCCCCAACAAAGCGUUCCCUGCUGAACCAAGCCCGCGAUGUCGAAUACGCCUGUUCGAGAAAGCCGUAACGCUAACGGAGGGGACCGGCACGCGAAAAGCCCACAGAGGGUUCCGGUUUGUGGCAGUGACAAGCCCCAAGGUAAAGACGCUCAGCAGUGUUUCCCACGAGCUUGGCAACGGGACACCCAUUGUUUUUGGCUAUCUACGAGGAGAGGACGGUGCUCCCGCGCUUCUCAUCAAGAUACCGCAAGAAGGUAGCGGCAGGAACCGCUCUAUGUUGUUAACGUUCCACGAACAGGAAGAGCGCGCCAAAUUACACUCGCUACUCCUUGGCAUCACUCCUUUGCAGGACGAGGUGAAGACGCCAGACCUUCCCAUGCGGGCGUUCUCGAUGGAACAGCUCCCGGAUGGGAAUGGCAUCUCGAAACCCAUUGUACAUUUGCAAUUCUCCUCACCGUCUGCCACAGUGAUUAAUAAUGGAGGCCCCUCUUUACAAUCUACUCAUGGAUACAGUUCGACAGUGCUAUCUGAGCAUCUGCGUGUUUUCGUGACCUCGAAUUGGGGAUCGGCGACGGAUAGAAUUAAUAUUGGUCCUGGAGAGCUUAAGAUUGCUCUUGAUGUCACUAUCCCUACCAUUAUGAGUAUUCUUAGGCCACCCCAACUGGAUUUGGGUAUUUCCGUGGCGGAUAAUUUGGUCCCCAAGGAAACCGUGGGCGAUAUGACGAAUCUUUUAAAGUUAGCCCAGACGAGUUCUGUGGUUCGGCGGUAUAAUUUUUCAUCUGUACAAGAUCUCCAUAGAUUCCAGAAAGCCAUUACAAACUUUAAAGUUCUUUUCGACGGCUUCGCGUCCUUAUUCACAAUCUCCCGAAGACGAAUGGUCGUCCCCAUCUACAAGAAAUGGGAAGCGAGCAGAGUGCGUCUCCAAGUGCUGAGGCAGGAGAAAAUCGUGCAGCUCGCCGCCUUCUUCCACGACGACUUCAGCCACGGCAAAUGCAUGAAUUUCGUGCUGAAGAGCACGGACAUCUUCGAGAGCUUCAACCACCGCUCCGGCAAGUUUGGUGUCAAGAUCGUCGAUGCCAAAUUUGCCCUUCCCAAACAACCUGCCGACGAUCCCACAGCGGGCUUUGUGUGUCUGGACAUGCCGGAAUAUCCGGGGGAGCAUGAUGAUAUUACUGUUGUUUUUGAUUCGGAAAAGGAUAGAGUCGAAUUCCAAAACGUCAUGCCCGGCUCGGUUAAGGAGCCGUCAAGGGUGGGAUCGCUUCGGAAAUAAAUAAGAAAAGAAAAGAAGGCAAAAGGAAGGAAUCAAAUUGUACCUACCUAACCCCACUUCUUCCUCCUCCACUAUACUACCGCUACAACUACCACUACCACCCCGCACUAAUCUGUAGCCUGCUCUUUUUCUUUUUCUUUGGGUUUGGGGAUCAUGGGGCGUUAUUUUUUCGUCAUGAUGGUAGGCGUUCGAUGGGGUUUAUAUUAUUUUGUCUGUCUGUCAUUGUCUCUCCCCCCUUCCUUUCCCUCCUCUCUUGUUUUUCCUGAAUAUCGUUCUCCAUUCGUUUCUCCCGCUUUGCUUGGUCUUUGCGCUAUGAUUUGUGUCAAAAAGGCCGUGCCUUUUUUUUUUUUUUUUAAGUACCCAUUGUCCAUUGUCCAUCGUCCACUGUUCGUCGUCCAUCGGUUGUUGGUUGGGCCCAUCCUUUUUCUUUUUUCUUCCCCGUUUCAUGUAUAUCUUGUUUGCCUAGCAGCGAGGGUGCAACUUUUUUAUUCGCUUUUUAUUUGUUUGUGCCUAAGUAAGUAAACUCAUCCAUUCAUGAAUUGCAUAAUUGAAAUCCGUGAAGGGGUUGUUAUAUGCGUUGUCAGCAAAGCUUUUAUUUAUCUUGUUUUAUUUAAUUAUUUAUUUUCGAAGAACUUGAUUGAUUGAUGUGG